UGUGCUCCAAACCGAGUGAAACCGUGCGUGAAUUCCGUCGCUUUUGUGGUGGAAAUCACGUUUUAACCGUUUAAACAUGAUAACCCGCAAUGGAUAGCAGCGGUGUUAGAAAGCACAGUGGGUGUCAAUAUAAAGUGACGGCCAUAUUUGCCGGUGCCGCUGUUGUAAACAAAAAGUGAGAGACAGACGCUUCACUGAAUUUCGGGUCAUUUUUAUUUCUUUAAUUUACAAUGUCUUUGGGAAUGUCUUAUAAACCCAAUGUCCAUCAGCACAUUCCGGGAACUUCUGGGAACCAGGUCUGUAACCUCCAGUCUCCCUCAGCAGCUAACCUGGCCACACUGCAGUCCUACAGGCCCCUUCUGAGCGACUAUGGACCUCCAUCUCUGGGAUUUUCACAGGGCUCCUCUGGCAGCCAAGUGCCUCAGAACAAAUAUGCAGAGCUGCUGGCCAUCAUCGAAGAGCUCGGGAAGGAGAUCAGGCCCACGUACGCCGGAAGUAAGAGUGCGAUGGAGAGGCUGAAAAGAGGAAUAAUCCACGCCAGAGGGUUGGUGCGUGAGUGCUUGGCUGAGACGGAGAGAAACGCGAGGUCCUAGCUACCAACACACACUCCUCGCUGCAAGAAGAACCAACAGCGUGUGUCUCACGAAAAAAAAAUAACUUGCAUGGCAUUUCCUUUGGGAAGAGGAAGUAACGAACAAAGGAUGGAAGAGCAAGCUCCUAGAGAGAAAGAAAAAAUAUACAGUAACACAAUUCGUGACUCCUGAGGCUUCUGGACAGUCAUUUCAAUCAUGUGUGGAAUUCAAUUGAGAGGAUAUCAUGUGUUUUUACGCCCCACUUUUGGGAUCCUAGUUUUGACUUCAUAUUUAAAACGUUGAUUUAUGCAUGCGAAAGGGCCCGUUGGUUAACCGUAGACAGUGCAUGGCUUGUACAGGGGUAGGUGCAGAAGACUUCUUCUUUUUGAUAGUAUUUGGUCUGUUUUUCAGACCCCUACAACACACAUGAGUGAGUGAGUGAGUGAGCGAGUGAGGGACAGAGAUGUGCCAAAUGCAUCGGUUCAUUCGUGUCGAGGUUGGUUUUGGUAUUCAGAAAAAAAAAAGGAAAAUGCUGUUACUUGCAUCUUUGUAUGUAUUUAUUACUCAGUGUAAUAAAUUGUAUUUUCAAUAGA